GUAUUUAUGGUAUUCAAGAAAAAAAUCGGUUAUAUGAAGCCUUAUCAUGGAUAAUCUCACAACAAAUAAAAGAAUUAGAUAAAAGUUCAUUUAUAGUUCAACCUACAAAUAGUAAAAAGUACGAAUCAGAUGAAAUACCAGAUUUUAAUAUCUUACCUGAAAAGAAACAGCAAGUAAACAUUCAAUAUCGAGGCUGUAAAUUCAGUAUCGUGUUUGAGCAGCAAGACAAAGACAAAAACAAUAACAAUAAUAAUUCUUCUUAUCCUCGACCUCAUCCAUAUUACAAAGUGCCAGAUCAAAUGCUAUCUAUUUUUUUAUCAAUAACUAAUAACUCACAUUCAAAUACCAAAAUUGAUGUUAAUGCAAUUUCUGAAUUUAUUAGUGAGAUUACGAGUUCUUAUUUUAAAGAAAAAGAGAAAAAUCACAAAUGUGCAAGAUAUAAACAUAAUGAAGGCUAUUGGCACAGAGUUCAAUAUUUAUCAGACUUGAAUAGUUUGGAAAGUGUU